UAUGUUUAUAUAACAUAUUUAUAAAUAUGCCCCUACACUUUUAAUAUUUACACGUUUCCCCAAAUUUCCCUAUCCCCAUUUUUGGAGCAUACUGUUUUCCCAUAUCCGUUUCCCGUUUUCCCAUAUCGUCAUUUCCAUGUCCGUGCUAAACAGGUCAGCCCCUUUUGGACCCUUAAGAGAAAAUUCUUCAUUUACAUGGCCAAGUAAUCAAUCACCCAUUUUUUCCAAGACCAAAAAGUCAUUACAUUUUUCUUUGGGAAAAAGUAAUAAAAGAAAUAAUAAAUAAAAAAGAACCUUCACAAAGUUAUCUUCAUAACAAGAGAUAAGAUAUAUACCUAAUACUUGCAUGUACACCAAUCCAAUCAUCUCCACAAAGCAACCACAACAAGAUAAACUCUUUUACAAGUUAAAAAAACAAAAAACAAAAACACACACCACACCUAGUACUUAUUUCACAUAAAUACACACACAUAUAUAUACAAGCUUACGAUAAUCGAGGGUGAUCAAUAUACAUAUAAGUCGGUCGCUUUAUAUCGUGUUCGAGAUAAUAUUAUAUAAGGAAGAAAGUAUUUCAAGAAUAUGGUGAUGAGGUCGAGAGGUGGCGGUGCAGGUGCACCUAACCGUGGAGGAGCACGUUCGGGAGGCGGCGUUGUGCGGCCGGUUUACGAGGAUUUCAAACCUAAGUCGGAAUGGCAACAAAAUGAUGAAUUACAUAUUCUGGAUAUCAAUCUUCCUGGCUUUACGAAGGAGCAAAUCAAGGUUUCGACGGAAGGCCGUAACACGAUUCGAGUCCGUGGAGAACGCCUAGUAGGCGGCAACAAAUGGAGCCGUUUCCUUGAGAAUUUCCAAGUUCCACAAAACGGCGAAAUGAAUUCAAUUCGUGCCAAAUUCCAAGGCGGAACCUUAAACAUCACAAUUUCCAAAAGUAAAACCGACAUAAAACCUCAAGAUCAAAAUCUCCGUCCAACGACACCCAAAACCAUUGAUGAUCAAAAGCAACCAACGACUCCUAUAAAGAGACAAGAAUCGAACCAUGAUCCAACGACUAAAAAGGAACCGAAUCACGAUCCAACGGCUAAAAAUGAAUUGAGCCAGGAUCCAACGGCUAAAAAUGAAUUGAGCCACGAUCCAACGGCUAAAAAUGAAUCGAGUCAUGAUCCAAUGGCUAGAAAGGAACCGAGUCAUGAUCCAAUGGCGGCUAAAAAAGAAUCGAGUCAUGAUCCAAUUAUGGCUAAAAGGGAAUCGAGUGAACAUACAAAGCAAGAAAGGAUUGAGACUAAAGAAAAGCAGCACGUUGCGUCGGGAAAAAAUGAUAAUUUGGCGAGAAAAAAGGGGGAAAAGAAGAGAGAAAAUAAAGAGGAAAUAAAUAAUGGAGAAUUGAAAUUAGUAAAUGAGAAAUAUAAGAAGGGGGUAAAAGGGAUUGUUCAUGAAUUGAAUGAAGAAAGGCAAUUGCUAGUGAACAUGGGGGUGGCUUUGCUUGUUAUUGUGGCACUCACUGCUCAUAUCACCUACAAAUUUGCUACUCCAAAUUUUAAAUAACUGCAUUAAUAACUCUCUCACAUGUGGUUGUAUAUAUACAUAUAUAUUAAAGUGUAUGUAAUAAAUAAAAGGAAUUCAUUGUUUAUAAAAAGGAAAAUAUUUGCAUGGAUGAAGUAAAUAUCUGCCUCCUUUUCUUCUUCUUCUUCUUCUUCUUCUUCUUCUUCUUCUUUUUUUUUUUUUUUAUUUAUUUGUACUGUAUUAGUGUAUUAUAUUCGAGAUGAUUUUUUAGAAUUUAACAAAUAAUGCAAGGUAUUUGUAUCAUAAGUAUGUAAUACAAUAAUCUAAAGGCGACGGAUAU